AUGCACCCCGCCCCCGAUGCCGUCCUCCACCUCGCAGCCCUCCACGCCCUCGCAGCCGCCGGGUUCGCCUCCACCUCCAGGGCCGCCAGCACCACCCUCUCCGCCGUCAUGGCGCGCUACCUCCGCACCGUCGCAGCAGCGUGCGUAGAGCGCGCCAACCUCGCAGGGAGGGGCAAGGCCUCGGCCCUCGACGUCGCAGAGGCACUCGAGGAUCUGGGCAUACACGUCGGCGAACUGUCAGAGUGGGCACAGGGGCAGAGGCAGGUCGUGUUGGAGAGCGACGGGCUGAGCGGUCUGGAAGAUCAUCUGCGGGAUGGCCUCUUGAUCGACGACGGAAUGGGUGAAAUGCGGCUCGUUGCAGAAGAGGAAAUGCCCGACGAGAGUGACCAAGACGAGGCAAUGGAGAGCGACGAUGGUGUCAAGUCGGAACCGGGAGAGCGCGAGUCGUUCUUGCGCUCCAGGUCUCCAGACCUCUCUUGGCUGCCCCCAUUGCCAGGCGGAGACGCGCCGGUACCGUCUACACAAGAUAUCACAGCCCCGCCGCCUUCAGUCCAACUCGAGUCUGCCCCGAAAUCCAUCGCAGACAGAUAUCGACGGCCCAUCCCAUACGCCUCUUCCCAGCUUUCCCAAGCAUACCCGUUCGUCCCGCCGUCACCUCCUGCCGAACCGCCAACUCUUCCUCAGCCUACCACCUCUCUCCCGAGCUUGGUGACCACGUACGGAGCGAUAGCCGCCGAUCCUUCCAUCUCUCUGCGCCAGAACGAUCUGCGUCGACAAGCUGCCGAGAUUCUCAGGCGGUCUAUUGCCCCCGUGGACGAGUUCACCCCCAAAGAUACCCUCUCCAUCCAUAUCGCGCCUAUUCGCGCGUCACCCAUCGUGCCAUCCCAUUCAGACCUCCUUCCCCCGAAACUCAUUCCUGUCAACCCGUCGUCGGACGGUCUGCUGUCGUCGCUGGUGCAAAGCAUGUCUUCUCCUUAUCUCCCGCCAGCCCUGCGCGAUAGACUCACAUCUCUCCGCCCGCCCGUUGCGCAGAUGCGUAACGAUGAGGCUGUACUCUACAGUAGUGCCGUGCGCGGGCCCGAUGACAUGGUACUUGCCAAAACCCUGGGCAAACAGGAGCAGCAUCCAGAGGCAUAUCUGCGCCGGACUUGGAACCCUGGUCCCAGAGGAGCAGACAAGUUUGGCAGGCGAGCGUUGCCGAUGGGGAAAAAAGUGGUGUGGGGCCAAGAGGGAGAGAGCGUGCCGAGGCGCCAGGCGACGGGUAUGGAGGAGGAAAGGAAGAGGGAUGAAAACGGGGUGGCUGCGCCGGCGCUGGGGGCUGGCCCGAGUGGUACCGCGGAAGAGGAUGGGGCAGUAAGCCAGAACGCGUCGGGGCCAGGCCCGUUAAAGAUCAAAAUUGGUUCCAGUCCUGCUGUCACCAGCCCCGUCGCCAUGUCUGGUAUCAGCAAUGGUGACCAAAUGACCCAUGGGAGCGGGCCUCAUUUGGACACGACUGGCCAAGGGCAGGACGUCGAGAUGCAGUAA